AUGCUCUGGAUUCAUGGUGGAGCCUUCACCGGCGGCACGGGCAGUGAUUCAACCUUCGAUGGCGGAAACAUGGCGUCUCGUGGAGAUGUGGUGGUUGUAACAAUAAACUACCGCCUUUCCACUCUCGGCUUCUUGGCUCUGGAUGACGGUGAGCUAAACGGUAAUUACGGCCUGGCAGACCAAAUUACCGCACUGGAUUGGGUGCACGCGCACAUCUCCGACUUUGGCGGUGACCCUGAGCGCAUCACCAUUUUCGGUCAAAGCGCUGGUGCAGCCAGCGUCAGAGCGCUUCUUGCGUCACCCAAAGCUAUUGGAAAGUUUAGAGCAGCAAUUCCCCAAAGCAAUUUGGCCGGCAUUAACUACGGGACCACAUACUCCCAAUACUACACCAUCGAACAAGAAGUGGCAGUAGCAGCAGCCCCGAUUCUGAAUGAAACCGGGUGCGUCAAUACCAGUGAUCGCGCUGAAUGCCUUCGCAGCUAUGAUGCGUGCCAGCUGGUGCGACUUCCGGAUGUCGCUCGCUAUCUCGUCGUCGACGGCACCUACCUCACCACCCCUAACCUCCCCCUCAAUGGGAACGGCCCGGCGGCCCCCGUACCCCUCCUGAUGGGCGUCAUGCGUGACGACGGCGCAGCAUUCCUCUCCUACCCCUCCGCCAACCAAUCGUUCCAGUCCUUCCUCGCCGCUUCAGGCUUCCCCUCGGACCCCAACGUAACCUCUCUCUUCCCCAUCCCGCACGCCCUCACCCCAACCAACACCUCCUUGGCUGUCUUCAACGCCUCGGCGCGCCUGGCCACGGACGCCGAACUGCGCUGCCUCGACUACGCCACCGCCUACUCGGGCGUCAGGAACGGCGUCUUCCCCAAAGUCUUCUUCUACGAGUUCGACCGCUCUUACCAGAUCCCCGGCUACAGCCCGAAUUACCCGACGUGCGAGGCGCCUUCGACGGCCGAGCACCCCGGCGGCGACCCGAGCCUCGAGUACUUCAAGUGCCACUCGGGCGAGCUGCUCUACGUCUUCGGCAACAUCGUGCGCGAGGGGCUGCCGCCGCGCGAUGACGGUGACAUCGCCUUUGCGCAGAUGGUGCUGGACGCGUGGACGGCGUUCGCGCGGAAUCUGGACCCCAGCCCGGAUGUAGCGUACCUAUUGAGUCGAGGCUACGGCGACGGGCUAAAAGCAGCUACGGGGAGGAGUGGUGGUGGUGGUGGUAGUGCGCGGUGGGAGUCGGUGGUUCCGGAGGCGCCGGUUUACCGGGCGUUGAGCUGGCCGGUUAGUGUCGACGAGGGGUUUAGGGAUGCGGCGCAGUGCGAUGCGUUGGGGCUCCCAUUGGACUACUAUGAGAUUGGGUCCAGGUAG